GAGCUCGAGGUGAAGCUGCUCAAGGCGGUGAGCCACCCGCACCUGCUGCCGCUGCUCGGCUACUGCCUCUCGCCCGACGGCGUCUGCCUCCUCUCGCCGCUGAUGCGCGGCGGCUCGCUCGAGGCGCGGCUGCGCAUCUCGGAUCCCGACCGCGCUGCGCAGCUCCGGCGGCUGGGGAUGGUAGAGCCGCCGAGGCCGCUGACGUGGCGGCAGCGCGUGCGUGUCGCGUGCGAGGCGACCGAGGCGCUCGUCUACCUCCACUCGAAGGGCAUCGUGCACCGCGACGUCAAGCCGGACAACAUCCUGCUCGACGAGAAUCUGACCGCCGUCCUCGCCGACACGGGCUUCGCCAAGGACCAGCGUCCGGACGCCUCUGUCCGCUGCCGCUCGACCGCCCUCUACAUGUCCACUGGCUACCUCUGCCCCUCCAUCUCCAAGGGGGGCGAGUACUCGAGCAAGACGGACGGCUACGCCGCGGGG